AUGUCCACCAAUCCGACAAAGCGUCCUGAAACUAGCCAGGUCAAGAAAAAUAGCGAGGAUGACGAUGAUGACAGCGAUGAGGAUCAGGAGAGGCUAUCACAUCAAGGCACAUCUACGUCUUUGAGUCGUCCUAGUAAUGACUACAUAUCACCCCCUCUACAGCAACAACAGCAACCAAAAGGAACAUCAUUACUACAACAACAUCAACUACUACAGCCUCAGCAACAGGAGCUACAAAGCGUGCAUAGUAGCAAUGUGUUAUUGUCCGAUGAACAUCUUCAGACACAGAAGCUUUCACAUACAGGCUUACAGGACAACAGUGACGACGCGUUCAUUAUUGAAAUAUCCUCAUCUACUGGAAUUUUCAGUCAUAACAGCAGUAAUGUUGGGGAUAGUGACAAUGAUAAUGGUAGUAUCAGAGAUCGAGAGACAAGAUUAGAUAUAAGCAAAGCAUAUCUCUCUUCACCUCUUAACGAUCGAAACCAUCUUCACAGAGUGGGCGAUCCAGGUAGUUUGGUCCGAAAUGAUAACAAUGAUGGUCGUUAUAGCCUCAGCUGUACUCCCUAUGUACAUACCAUAACGCAAGAGCAACGGCUUUUCAAGAAUGGCGAUCAGAUGCAGACACAAUCCUUGCCCGUAUCGAGGUCAGCCAGAUUAAGACCUGCGUCAGACCAAGUCCUGGGCUAUGCUAGCCAUUUGGAGACAACAAGAGCAGGUAGGCUUUCAUAUCACCUUCAACAGCCUUGUGCCUCUUUCAUGCCUUCUUGUUCCCUUCCUUCGGUCCCCAUCACCAUUGUCAUUGAUCCUCAUGCAACCUUAACCCUACUGCCUACACUUAUUCAGCCGUCUUCUUCAAUGUUCACACUCCUUGUGGAAAUGGCAUCUGGUUCUCACACAAAUGCAUCACCCCUGCCUUCAGAGUCCCAUAGAGACAUCUCCAUAAAUCCGUCUCCAGUCCCAGUCUUUCGCACGGAAGAGCAAGUCGUGGUACUGACAGAUCUUGAAUCUGGUAACAGUCCAUCCUUCUCUAGAAUUCAGUCUGUGCAACCCACACCAUUCCGCCGUGGUCAUCGUCGGUCAACCCAAACUAUAUCUAUUUCAGCUUCUUCGCUCCCAAGCUUUAUCCCGUCAGAACUACCUCCAUGUGGAGAUUCAUUAUCCUCAUCCUCGCUUAAUGUUAUCAAGCCUUGGAGGGAAAGUAGACCAUGGUCACAUAAUGAAGCUUUGAGUCAGAAAGAUGGAUUAAAUACAAAAUCCUUCAAUGACACGCAUACGCAAAGCGGGACUUCAGUCGUUGCCGUGCCUGGUGAUGCAUCUGCUCUGGAAUUCGAUGCUUCCUCCCCCUCGCAGCAGGAACAACAGAGGCAACAGAGGCAUGAGCCACUAUAUCAUCGUCAACAUCACCAACAGCGGAUACCUUCACAACAACCAAAGCAACCCCAGCACAAUCAACAGCAUAUAAUACGGUCAUCACUCUCAUCUGUGCAAGACCGUAUCACUGCUCAUUAUUCGACCCCAAAGGACAGGAUUCUACACUCACAUCCACUCAGUUACCAUGUUUACGUACCCUUCAAUGAAUCGUCACGCUCUUCUCCUCCCGCUCGGCCUCCCCACUCGACUAUCCCACGGUUCUCUCGCUCACUGUCGCGUCAUGUCUCGAGAUCAUUUCCUCCGUCUUCUUCCUCGUCGUUACCCCGGUCUUCAGUCCUGUCUUCUCCUAGUCUGAUUCCUCGCCUCUCAUCCUCCCGUUUCCCUACACGCCCGAUUCGUCGUUAUCCUCUUCAUCCCAGAUCAGAUUCAUUUGAUCAGAACCAGGACGCCAUAAAGCCGUCAGGUGUGCCUCAACCUGAACUCGAGCCUGGACCCGAGCCUGGAUCCGAGCUUGAACCCCAACCUGAACUCCAACCUGAACCUCAACCUGAACCUCAACCUGAACUCAAGCCUGAACCCCAACCUGAACCCAAGCCUGAAUCCCAACCUAAGUCUGGGCUUGAGCUCGAACUUGAGUCUACUCAACGAUCGCAGCUGGCUUCGGGGUCAGGACAAAACAUCUCUCUUCCGCCCGCUGUGGAAUUGCUGGCUCUGGCGAAAAUUAAUACUCAUCAGAGCUUAUCAGUGGCGGAGCCAAGUUUAAAAGACCUAUUUUCCUUGAAAAACCAACAUUAUCAUUCACGUUCGACUUGGAAUGACGAGUUCGCACCGCCCAUUCGACCGCCUACAAUAGUCAGUCCAUUGCUUAGAUGGCCUCAAUAUCAAAAGCAACAGCAAGAACAAAAGCAGGAGGGGGAGCAGAAGCAGGGGCAGGAACAUCCUCUAACCAUUCCUCUUCGUCGUCGUCAAAUAUUACUUGCUGAAGCUAUUGGUCCAUACGAGGAUACUGAAAACAGCCAAAUUAACCCGCCACCCCCUCGACUGAGUGAAUUAAUGUUUCCCGCGCCUAUGCCUUAUGCAUUCAACAACGUUGUUUCAGAGUCUGAUUCUCGGUCAAAUAGGUUUAGUCGGACGGUCCCAUUCCAGGAAACUAGAAGUGGGCGUAGUGGUCAUCUUCGGAUCCGUGAGCCGUCUACCUAUAGUAUUCCUUCUGGACCAGACAGUAUCCUCGCUGCCGUCAUGGCUGCCAGUACCCUGCCAAUGUCUGUAAAUGCACCAUCUGCAUACUCCAGUAGUAUUGCAUCACCAUCCCAUGAACCUAUAGAGCCUCAGUUCUUAAGACACGACAAUGGCAUUAGGCCUGCGAUACAAAGUGAAUCCUCUUUAGGUAUCGGAGCUAACAUAGGCGAGAGCAUAGUAAGCUCGAACACCACCAUGAGUAUGAACACGAUUCAUGUGGACACUGAAUCCUCGACAACCACGAAGGAAGAAGCGACACCCAAGCGUAAAAUGACAAUCGGCCAAAGACUCAGAGCUCGGUUUUCCUUUGGGUUCAAGAAGAAAGAGAAGAAAGAGAAGAAAGAGAAGAAAGAAAGGAAAGAGUAA